AUGGAAGAUAAAGUUUAUUUAUAGCUUUUUAAUAACCAAAUAACUAUUUAUCCCUGCACCAUCCCUGUGAAAGUUUACAGUUCCUCUUCUGCUUCUUUUGAUGUGCUAUUUUUGCUUUCAGAAACUAACAAGCAACAAAUUUCCCCUUUCAGAUCUAAAAUUAAAUCUAGUAUUUAGAGUAUUUCUUUGAAAUUGAUAUUAUCCUGUGGGACUCCAGCUAACACAACUAUGGAGAUGCUGUUUCGAUGCUGUGAUCUUAAAGCCAGUGCAAGUUAUAUACUCAUUAAAAAAUGCAGUACAUAAGAGUAUAUUAUGUAGAUUGGUUAUACCAAGAUACUCAUUAAAAUAAAUUCAUACAAUUAAAGCAUGCAUUCUUUAACUCAUAAGCAUGUCUUCUGAUGUGGUCAGCUGAUGCACAAACUCUCAGUCUUAAGUCUGAAAUAUAUUUGUAUAUACUAACUAUAAUUUUACAUUUUAUUUAUAUUAAAUUUCUAUAAAAUGUGAUUUCCUAACAAAAGUGGCAAUGGAAUCAUUGAUAUAUUGUAACACUGGGUAUCUUGCAGACUCUCUUAAACCUCCAUGUAAAGAAAAAUUGUGCUUUGAAAAACUUUUGUGGUCAUUUUCCUUUCCCUACAAUUGUAUUUGUGCUUUACACUAUAAAGUGGGGAGGAUGUUGGGUAAAGACGUUGACUGGUGAUCUAUGUGCACUGACAUCGUUCAAUCACUUUUACUCUUACUACCCUGCUCCCUUGACUCUACUCUCUUUAUUUACGUUCUGGAUACGUAGUUUAUGUGUCCUGUUUGGAAGAGGGCAGAGUAGCAGAAAAAUAAACACGCAUAGAUAGAGCAGUAUUUUGUGAGUAGUGGCAAGUAAACCAGUUUCCAGAAGGGAAAACAAACGUGAGAGAAUUGGUUCCAAAAAUUAAAAGGUUGAGUUGAUGCAAGUGCCAAAAUCUUUUUGAAUUUUUUGAAAAAAAAAAAAAAAAAGAUCGAGAACUUUUUAUCCUAUGAAAUGAAAAACUAAGGAAAAAGAAAUACCGUAAACAAUACAUGGAAUGAAACGAAUUCUCAUUGAUGGUUUUCAUGGCUGUCUUUCCGGAAUCUAGACAAAAAGUUUCAGAUUUUGUUCAAUCUGCAAAGAAAGCAAUGCAGCACCUCCCCCACCAACCCCUACGCCCCGUAUACUACUCUCCCAUACAUUAUCCUUCUAAAACAUUCUAAAAGAAUUUACUGAUGCGCCAUUUCCAUCCUAUUGGGGUCCCUCCAGUCUGACAUUCAAAAGUAGGGGCUGAAGGCGCGGAACCUGCGGCGAUCUGCAGUGAGCGUCCUUUAAAGCAGCCGCCAGCCAGUGCCGCUGUAACCCCGCGCACCGGUAGGUCGCCGGCUCCUGCCCCUUUCAGUCUGCGCCGACGCAGCAGCCAGAUCCCGGGACUCCCCACGCCGGGAAUCUCCCGCCAGCUGCGCCCUGUGUCCCGACGACGGCAGGAGCACGUGGAGCGGCAGGGCAGCCAGAGCAGCGGCUCCAGCCCAGCCUAUCCCGGCGGCGGUAUGGAAGAUACACAAGCAAAUGCAGAACUGCAAAACACUCAGGAGCAGGCUGUGCCCACAGAAAGCCCAGCGGUUUUGAAUGACUACAAUUUAACCAAAUGUCACGAAAUAGAAAAUGUGGACAGUACAGAAGGCCCAACCAAUGAAGAUGAAGAUAUGGGAGAUGAUUCGAUGAAAAUGAAAGAUGAAUACAAUGAAAGAGAUGAGAGUGUUUUAAAGCCAGAGCCCAUGGGAAAUGUGGAAGAGCCUGAAAUCCCUUACAGCUAUUCAAGAGAAUAUAAUGAAUAUGAAAACAUUAAGUUGGAGAGACAUGUUGUCUCAUAUGAUAAUAGCAGGCCAACCAGUGGGAAGAUGAACUGCGAUGUGUGUGGAUUGUCCUGCAUUAGCUUCAAUGUCUUAAUGGUUCAUAAGCGGAGCCAUACUGGUGAACGCCCAUUCCAGUGUAAUCAGUGUGGGGCAUCUUUUACUCAAAAAGGUAACCUCCUCCGCCACAUUAAACUGCACACAGGGGAAAAACCUUUUAAGUGCCACCUCUGCAACUAUGCGUGCCAGAGAAGAGAUGCGCUCACGGGGCAUCUUAGAACACAUUCUGUUGAGAAACCCUACAAAUGUGAGUUCUGUGGAAGGAGUUACAAGCAGAGAAGUUCUCUUGAGGAGCACAAGGAGCGAUGCCGUACAUUCCUUCAGAGCCCUGACCUGGGGGACACGGCAAGUGUGGAGGCAAGACACAUCAAAGCAGAGAUGGGAAGUGAAAGAGCUCUCGUUCUGGACAGAUUAGCAAGCAAUGUGGCAAAACGAAAAAGCUCAAUGCCUCAGAAAUUCAUUGGUGAGAAACGCCACUGCUUUGAUGUCAACUAUAAUUCCAGCUACAUGUAUGAGAAAGAGAGUGAGAUUAUACAGACGAGGAUGAUGGACCAAGCCAUCAAUAACGCCAUCAGCUAUCUUGGCGCUGAAGCCCUGCGUCCCUUAGUGCAGACACCGCCUGCUCCCACCUCUGAGAUGGUUCCAGUUAUCAGCAGCAUGUAUCCCAUAGCCCUCACCCGGGCUGAGAUCCCCAAUGGUGCCCCCCAGGAGCUGGAAAAGAAGAACAUCCACCUGCCAGAGAAGAGCCUGCCUUCGGAAAGAGGCCUGUCCCCCAACAAUAGUGGCCACGACUCCACGGACACUGACAGUAACCACGAAGAACGCCAGAAUCACCUCUAUCAGCAAAAUCAUGUGGUCCUUCCUCGGGCCCGCAAUGGGAUGCCACUUCUGAAGGAGGCGCCCCGCUCUUACGAACUCCUCAAGCCCCCUCCCAUCUGCCCAAGAGACUCCAUCAAAGUGAUCAACAAGGAAGGGGAGGUGAUGGAUGUGUUCCGAUGUGACCACUGUCGAGUCCUCUUCCUGGAUUACGUGAUGUUCACCAUUCACAUGGGUUGCCACGGCUUCCGUGACCCUUUUGAGUGUAACAUGUGUGGAUAUCGAAGCCACGAUCGCUACGAGUUCUCAUCUCACAUAGCUAGAGGAGAACACAGAGCCAUGCUGAAGUGAAGGUCUGGCCUCGGAGGCUGCGCCUGAGUAGGCAGCAUCGUUGUAAAAAAAAAAAAAACAAAAACUGAUUAACCUCACCUAACAGAUUGCUUGCAAAGCACACUCCAUCCCAAAUGCCUUUUCGUAGCAUUUUCAUAUCCAAGGGGCCAUGUUCACAUGGAGAGCCUGAGAAACACUGUCUUCACUCAGAAAUUGUUUGCAGAUCUAUUAUGUUGUUACUUUCAUGAAACCUUUAUUUUCCCAUCACGGGCUUGAAUUUUAUGGGAUUUAGGAGCCAAAAAAGUGUUUGGUCAUUUUCUUUUGCAGCAAUAGAGCAGGCCAUUCACUGGAGUUUGCUGCCAGCUGGAACAGUCCCCCGUUGUGCCAUGUGAGGCAUUCUUUCUGAGCUAUGUCAAGCAGAUGUGGAAAAGCCUUUCAGUCACAGCCCAAAUCCACAGAGACGAAGAGCUGACCUUGCCAGGAAGCACUGCCCUUCUGUACUUGACACAGGGGGCUGCUGUAUGUGGGUGUAAUCUCUGCAUCCCAAAUUGUGGUCCAAGAGCAAGGAAAGGACAGCAACAGAGUCAGGAUCUGUCACCAGCAACUGAGGACCCCACGCAGGCGAAAAAGCAUAUCAUCUUUGAUGCCAUGUUCGCCGCUCCCCACCCUGCUCUCCAGUGAAAAGUUGGGCUGCUUUGGAUUUAACCACUGUCUCUAGGAGAAAUUCUCUUACCAGAAGAGUUGAUGGUUUUAAAUUGAGACCAUCAAUGAAACUCCAGAAAGUUACCCACUGAGGAUGAUGGUAUCUCUUUCCUUUGACCAGCAGAGAAAUGACGGGGGAAGCAGCUUAGCAGUGCUAAUAGGAAAAAAAAAAAAAAAAAAAAUAGCAACUACCUGAAAGUUCUGGUGGCCUUCAUGCAGUGUUGGUAGAUAGACCCAGAGCGGACUUGUCCAUGGUUUUUUUUUUUUCCAUAGGAAAAUAAUAAAGAAUAACAAAAGUAUGGCUUAGCCUCCUCCCCACAGGACAGACUCCACACAGGAUAGACACGUUGAUGAGCUCAGAGCUGAGCUUGGGCAUGAGGAGACACCUCUGUGACUGGUUCUCCUUGAUCAAGCGAGUUUUGGCUCUUUCCCCCGCCCACCCGCAUUUUAAAUGGAGCUGCUGAAUUCCAUGAAAAUCUCUGAAAGUCUGAGCUUGGUUGUACAGCUGUUAUCAGUCACCUGUGUCACCAAGAACGGGACACACUCUCAGGGAGAAGUGCUGUGGUAACUGCAGAAUUAGCGCCGGGAUAGGAGUCACACAAAAUGUGCUUGCUAAUUCCAUAUUUGCCACUAAUUAGCUGUGUGACUUUGAGCAAAUCACUUAACUCUUAAAACUAAGUCUCCCCAACCAUAAAAUAAGAGUUGGAUUGAGACUUUCCCUAAGGUCUUUUCCAACUUUAAAUGUAUAUGUAAUUAUGCAGUAACCACAAGUUAUUUUUUAAACCUCUUCAUGUAUGAGUAUUAAGCAGAGGAGUAUAUAUAUGAAUAUAUGUUUCACAUCUCUUUGAUGUGCAAAUGUUAGUGUGUUAAGUUUUUCCUUUAACCACUGAGUUGUGAAUGUGAAGAAGAUGGUAGGGAGGAACAAAAAACAGGAAGGUAUUUUGAUCUUACCCCAAAGUGUACACACAAAUUGGCACCUGCAGCUGCUUGCCAAAGCAACCCCCCCAGCUUUUUUUUUUUUUUUUUUUUUUACCUUUUUAACAACUUGUGUUAGGGAAAAUAAAUUCUGCUUCCAGGGAAAACUUCAUGGAGCCUAUUUACAAAUCAAGAACAUGCUUUAUGAAUAUUUCUACCAGAGCUGAGAAUUCCAAAUUCCUGGUAGAUGAGUGUUUUAUUUCUAAAGGGCUUAUGCAUUCGGCUCAAAGUCAACUCAUUUAUGUGCUGCCAGGAAUGAAAACGUCCCACCUCAGACUGCACACAUGGCUUAUGCUUUUUUGUGGCAUGGAGUCUGUCUCAGGGAAAAAGGUUUUAUGAAGUUCCAUGGCAACAGUCCCAACAUGUUUGAAAUUUCAGCUAAAGGACUAGAUGUAUUUUGGUGUGCAGCCUUCAGUGGAUCACUGUAUUUCCACAAUACCAGACUCCAAGCCUUGCCAGACUGCUUACACCCGUUGUGAAAGAGGAGCUGCUUGUUAUAUUCUUGAAAUAUCACACAUCUUGUUGACUCUUCGAGGGACAAGAGAAAGAGAACUUGGAGGCAGGGAUCAGUAAGAAAGAAAGCCAGGGACAGGGGGUGCUAACGUCUUUGUAUCUCAAGACAGUGAACGCCCUGAGAACUGUUCCUGCAGAUCCCACGCUCCUUUUUCCUGUGACCGGUGGAUUUGCUGAAUGAUUUCCAAUUCUCUGAGGUCGGUGUUCUGAGUAGGGUGUCCACUCAUACAGGCUACUCUUUCACCGUCACAUUGUGUGCCUAGCGUGGGGCCCACCCAUUGGAGAGGAAGUAUAGAUGCAGCGAUGCCACAUUCUUCACUUUGGAAGUUGAAGCGGGUGCCUGCAGUGGUUACUGUCACCCAGGAAAACUUCUCCUCCGGUAGGCGCUCCUGCUGCCGGGUCGCUGCGGGGUGAAGGAGACCCUGGAGCAGGACGCCCAGAGGGAGGGGCGGGGCCGGGCUGUUCACGGCUGCUGCUGGGCAGAAGGCUUGUGGCAGCGUCCAGCAGCACCUUUGCUUCCGCAUGCAAAGCCCCUGUGAACUUGAGCUCUCUAGGUCUUCUCCUUUGUUUCGACCAAUGGUCUUAGAGGCAGGCCCCCACCACACACCCAUGAGGCCACAGUCUGAGCAGCAGCCACGGCGACAGAAUGAGGUGAGGAAGGAAAAGGAACAGAACCAGUGCACCAGACAGCCCGUCAUGAUCUGAAGUGCUGAGUAGAUGAUUUCCCACUGACAGAACCAAGCAGAGGCGUCUCUCCCAUUACCCUCCAUCACCACGGGGCGGGGGCCCGGCGAGACAAAAGCAUAGCAGUAAAUGCCCAGUCCUUAGAUUCCUUUUUCUCCCAAAAAGACAUGUGCCUUGGCACAAAUAAGCCAGCUAAUCAUAUGCUUUGUUACCCAUUCUGAGCUGUGCCUGACUCAGCUUCUGACAUUGGCAGUGACAAAAUUCCUCACCUUUUAAAUGCAGUGCUGUAACAUUUUGUUAGGCCUCAACUCACAGUGGCCCAGAUAGAAAAUGACCUCAGAUUUCUUUUGCAUAGAGAACUGCUUAAAGACACAAUCUUACUCAGAAGACUGCAUUUUUAACAAAUCUCAUGUCAACAUGAAGUUUUUCCAAGUAGCAUCAGUGUCACUAUUCUUACCCUCCUUUGCCUUUUUCUUCCCUCUGCUGAAGUUUAGGUUUAGAAUGUUUUAAGGGAAAAAAGCAGUACUUUUGAGAUAUAUCACAGGACAGAUGGUAAAACCAGAUGAAAAUGUUUCUUUAAAGUCCUGACUUGAAAAUAUAUCCCACUGAGAGCUGGUGUGUUGGUCUCCAGUGGAGAUUUGUGGAAAGGCUUGGCUAUCUUAGAGGACUCAGAAUUAAGGUGGUCUGAGCUCAAGAAGAGGAAAAGAAGGGAGUGGUGAAAGUUUUAUCCUUAAAAAACAAAAUUGUGGUAUCAAGAGCUGAAGAAGAUAAGUGAGUAUGGUAAUACUGCCUUUUAAGAACUGGAAGCUAUUUUUGUAUUUUCCCAGAAAGAUUAAUUCAGAAAAUCUUUAGACAGAGGUCACACAAGCAGAAUGCUUUGGGACUUAAGUGCCUAUAAAGAAAACAAUUUUGACUCUAAACCAAAGGCUAGUCUUGGGCCACCCUGGAAAAAGAACUCUGUUCUCACUGAUGGCGGGACUGAAUGGCUCUGAGAGCAACCAAGAACCCAGGCCUGGGGGCUUCUGACUCUGAGAACUGUGACUUGAAGCCUAGAUGAGGUCUGGGCUUGAAACUUGUGUGUCCUCCUAAAGUAGGGUAGAUUGUAUCCCUCAUUUACCCACACAGUACGUAGUCUGCACCCUGCCACACCAUCAGUAUGUUGAACAGGGGUGUGCACUUCAAGAAGCUGGACACAAGUUUCCGCUGAAUAUUACCAUAGUGGACUGACUUACACAUUGACGCCAAUUGAAUCGGUACUAGAAAUUGGAAUGUUAAUGUUUAUAUUAAAAGUGUAAUGACCUAACAAUAUCUGCCUUUCAAGGAUGUUGUGAAGUUUUAUGUAAUUUUGUUUAUGGAAGAAUGUCCCCUUUUUUUGUUGUUUAUUUGUUUUUUUUUGCAGGGGCUAGUAGGGGUUAUAUUGGAUGGUUCCAAAUUUUCUGCUCUGCAUACUGUGUCAGGGAUUAAAGACACAAAAAAUAUUCCAAGACCAAGGACCAAAAUAGCAGUUCCUAAACAGAGGCAGCUGGUCUCGAAUUCCGUUUCCUUCACUUCAUUUCAAUACAAAAGGGCAGAGACUGUGUUGAACCUCGGAACCCAUGUGAGUCAGCCAUGUGCUACAGGCUCUUCAUGCACCCCGGCAAGCAGAAUAGCUUUGCCGCCCUGCCAUCCAGGAGCCCUCAGCCAUUUGCUCCCCCAGGAACUUCGCACUUCUGCAAAUGGUUCUUGCUGCCCCACCUCUCCACUGAUGCUGUUCAGAAAGCCUGCAGAGCGGCCCACGAUGCUGCCUGCCUUCUCCCAGCCCUUUGCCCAUGCUGUGGAGCCUAUUUCACGUUCCGGAUAAAUGAAGCUUGCUUCUCCAUCUCCUGAAAAGACUGAGAAAACACACCGUAAAAUGAGAUAGCCCUAAAAACGACGGAUCCCGUUGCCAGUGACUCAUUUAUACAAGAGCUUUUCCAGGCUAGCAGACAAGGCCCUUUUUGGUGGGCCUGUGUCUGUGGGUUCACAGAAACCAAAUUACUGUGGGUUGCAAAGAAUUAGCAGGUCAUUUAAAAAGCAGACAUCCCUUCACCCAGACUGUGGUUUUGCAUGCUCAGGUUCUCAGUCUGUGAACUUUUUGGUGAAGGAUCAUUUUGGCUGCUGGAAAAACCAUAGCUUAUUUUUAAUUUCUGGUUGCCAAAGUCACCACACGUGUGGUCUUUGAAUGACCCUUGUCUGCAGAAUGACAGGGGAGGAACAGGAGGUAGCCUGGGACUCAGAGUGGCUUCUCCGCCAGGAGGGGAGGGUGCCCUUGACCCUCAGGCAGUUGGACCCAGCCUGGGCUCAGGGCCUCUUUGCAUUUCUCAGACAGUAGUGACUCUCCCUCUUCACUCCUCUGGAGUCCAACCAUUCAGAGCACCGAAAAGCACCCCACGCCUCACCUCUGUAAAGAAUGUCCAAAAAAGGCAGCUUCUGAACUGUAGCCGUGCUGACCGCUAACCUCGCCAGAUCCACUGAGUGCAUCUUUGCAUCGGAAACACCCCUGCAUUUUCGAGAUUCCUUGAUCGUGUUUGGUUUUUACACUGGAAAAUAAAUCCUUUUGUGUGAUA